UGCAGGCUUGUCUGUUUCGCUGGACGCUACCUAGCUAGUGCUUUCCGUCUCCGAUCCCGGGAUGGAACAGGUGGACCCGCUGGAGCUGCUGAUGGAUGAGGGUUUCGAGGAGGAGGCUGCGCCGCCGGCGGAUCGAUUUCAGAAGAAAGUGGAAGCUUCCUUUCCCAGAACAAUUCUGAGCCGAGGACCUGAUAAUCGUUACCUGGUGUUAGCAGUUGACUUCGUGAAGAACAAAGAAGGAAGCUAUGAAAAGCACCUAAUAGUCACCGCGUCCUGGUCACUAGAACGUAAAGAACAGUGUAUCCUUAGGAAUGACUGGUGUUCUGUACCAGUACAACCAGGGGACAUCAUUCAUUUGGAAGGAGACUGCUCAUAUGAUACUUGGAUAAUAGAUAAAGAUUCUGGGUUUUUGAUCCUAUAUCCAGACAUGCUGAUUUCUGGUACAAGCAUAGCCAGUAGUAUUCGCUGUAUGAGAAGAGCUGUCCUGAGUGAAACUUUUAGGGGCUCCGAUCUAGCCACACGCCAGAUGCUGAUUGGUACGAUUCUUCAUGAAAUAUUUCAGAAAGCAAUAACUAAUAGCUUUGCACCAGAAAAGCUAAGAGAACUUGCUUUUCAAACUGUUCAAGAAAUACGGCAUUUGAAGGAAAUGUACCGCUUGAAUCUGAGUCAGGAUGAAAUAAAACAAGAAGUAGAGGAGUAUCUUCCUUCCUUUUCCAAGUGGGCUAGAGCCUUCAUGCACAAGAGUGUUUCUGCCGACUUCCCUCAGAUGCAGCUCUCCCUGCCAAGUGAUGGUAGUAACAGCAAUUCAACGUGUAACAUCGAAGUGAUAAGUUCAUUGGAUAUCGAAGAAAGCAUUUGGUCCCCAAGGUUUGGCAUGAAAGGCAAAAUAGAUGUUACAGUUGGUGUGAAAAUACAUCGAGGUUGUAAAGCAAGAUAUAAAAUCAUGCCACUGGAGCUUAAAACUGGCAAAGAAUCCAAUUCUAUUGAACAUCGUGGUCAGGUGGUUCUCUACACACUGUUGAGCCAGGAGAGGAGGGCGGACCCUGAGGCCGGCUGGCUUCUCUACCUCAAGACGGGGCAGAUGUAUCCUGUGCCUGCUAAGCAUCUGGAUAAGAGAGAAUUAUUAAAGCUAAGAAACCAGAUGGUAUUCACUUUGCUGCACCGUACUAGCAAAUUUGCUGCUGAAAAGGAGACACAGCUUGCCUCUUUGCCUCAGAUAAUUGAGGAGGAGAAAACCUGUAAAUACUGUUCACAAAUGAACAACUGUGCUCUUUAUAGCAGAGCAGUGGAGCAGCAGAUGGAGGAUAGUUCAGUCCCCGUGGUCAUGCUGCCCAGAAUACAAGAGGCUACCGAGCACCUGAAGCCCACACACUUACAGUAUUUCAGCCUUUGGUGUCUCAUGUUAACCCUGGAGUCACAGUCAAAAGAUAACAGACAGAGUCAUCAGAAUAUCUGGUUUGUGCCUGCCUCUGAAAUGGAGAAGAGUGGUGGCUGCAUUGGCAGCCUGAUCAGAACAGAACCUGCAGAGAGAGUUUGUGAUGGACAAUACUUGCAUAACUUCCAGCGUAAAAAUGGUGCCAUGCCUGUCACGAAUCUAAUGGCAGGAGACAGAGUUAUUUUAAGUGGAGAAGAGAGAUCACUUUUUGCUCUGUGCAGAGGAUAUGUAAAGGAGAUUAACAUGGCAACAGUAACUUGUUUAUUAGACAGGAAUUUGUCAGUACUUCCUGAAUCGACUUUGUUCAGGUUAGACCAGGAAGAAAAAAACUGUGAUAUAGACACGCCAUUAGGAAAUCUCUCUAAAUUGAUGGAAAACACUCAGCCAAGCAAGAGACUUCGAGAGUUAAUCAUCGACUUCUGGGAGCCUCAGUUUAUACCCUACCUCAGUUCUGUCCUUCCACAUGAUGCAAAGGAUACAGUGGCCAGCAUUCUAAAAGGUUUAAAUAAGCCUCAGAGACAAGCCAUGAAGAAGGUUCUUCUUUCAAAAGAUUAUACACUCAUCGUAGGCAUGCCUGGGACAGGAAAAACCACCACCAUCUGCUCCCUUGUGAGAAUCCUCUAUGCCUGUGGCUUCAGUGUUUUGUUGACCAGUUAUACACAUUCUGCUGUUGACAAUAUUCUUUUGAAGUUAGCCAAGUUUAAAAUUGGAUUUUUGCGUUUGGGUCAGACUCAGAAGGUUCAUCCGGAUAUCCACAAAUUUACAGAGGAGGAGAUUUGCAGAUCAAAAUCCAUUAAAUCCUUGUCUGUUCUAGAAGAGCUGUAUAACAGUCAACUUAUAGUUGCAACAACAUGUAUGGGAAUAAACCAUCCAAUAUUUUCCCGGAAAUCUUUUGAUUUUUGUAUUGUUGAUGAAGCCUCCCAGAUCAGCCAACCAGUUUGCCUGGGGCCACUUUUUUUUUCUCGGAGGUUUGUGUUGGUGGGAGAUCACCGGCAGCUUCCUCCCUUGGUGCAGAACCGGGAAGCAAGAACUCUUGGCAUGAGUGAAAGCUUGUUCAAGAGGCUGGAGCAGAAGAAGAGUGCCGUGGUCCAGUUAACAGUGCAGUACAGAAUGAACAGUACAAUCAUGUCCUUAAGUAAUAAGCUGACCUAUGAAGGAAAGCUGGAGUGUGGGUCAGACAGAGUGGCCAGCGCAGUGAUUGCUCUGCCUAACUUUAAAGACGUCAAACUGGAACUGGAAUUUUAUGCUGAUUAUUCUGAUAGUCCUUGGCUGAAUGGAGUAUUUGAACCAAGUAAUCCUGUUUGCUUUCUCAAUACAGAAAAGGUUCCAGCACCUGAAAAAGUUGAAAAGAGUGGUGUGAGCAAUAUAGUGGAAGCCAAACUCAUAGUUUUCUUGACUACAAUGUUUAUUAAGGCUGGAUGUAAUCCCUCUGAUAUUGGUAUCAUUGCACCAUACAGACAGCAAUUAAAGAUCAUCAAUGAUUUAUUGGCACGUUCUUCUUUUGGGAUGGUCGAAGUUAAUACAGUAGACAAAUACCAAGGAAGAGACAAAAGAAUAAUCCUGCUAUCUUUUGUUAGAAAUAAUAAGGAUGGAACUCUUGGUGAACUCUGGAAAGACUGGCGACGUCUCAAUGUUGCUAUCACCAGAGCCAAGCACAAGCUGAUCCUCCUGGGGGGUGUGCCCUCACUGACGCGCUACCCUCCUUUGGAGAAACUGCUUUGCCAUCUAAGGUCAGAAAAGUUAAUCAUCGAUCUUCCAUCAAGAGAGCACCAAAGUCUCUGUCACAUACUGGGAGAUUUCAGAGAGCAUGAGGCACUGCUUUCUUCCUGUUCACACUAGGGCAGUGUCCCCGAGCUGGUGCUACUAUUCCUAAUUUUGGUUUGCUGAAAAACAAAGCCUGGAAAAACUCUGAAGAUGACUUGUAUUCAAAGUGUGCUCUACAAAGUUCCAGUUGUUUCUUUUUCUUAAAUUUAUUUUAUUUAUGCUUGUUAAACAUAAAAUUCUGUUGCCACACAAUAUUUACUUAGUU